CUUUCUUGCGCUGUUCAUCUCUCUGGAUUAUGUUGCAUUAGGUUCGUUUCUGCCUCCAGUGGCGGGAGGUAUCUCUCGACAGACUCUAACAAAAUUGAUGAACCUUUCAAUGUGGAAGAAGCAGAGACUGUACAUGUGCCUCCACCUCCAACCGAGAAGCUGCUUGUCCUUGGUGGAAAUGGUUUUGUGGGAUCGCAUGUUUGUAAAGAAGCUUUAGAUCGCGGCUUAUCUGUCUCUAGCCUUAGCAGAUCAGGAAGGUCGUCUUUACAAGAGUCAUGGGCGACCAGAGUAACAUGGCAUCAAGGAAACCUUCUAUCAUCUGAUUUAUUGAAAGAUGCUCUUGAUGGAGUGACUUCUGUGAUCUCUUGUGUUGGUGGUUUUGGUUCAAACUCGUACAUGUAUAAGAUUAACGGGACUGCAAACAUCAAUGCAAUUAGAGCUGCAUCAGAAAAAGGUGUUAAAAGAUUUGUCUAUAUUUCUGCUGCUGAUUUCGGAUUAGCCAACUACUUGUUGAGCGGAUACUAUGAGGGAAAGCGAGCUGCUGAGACUGAGCUGCUCACAAGAUUUGCUUAUGGAGGGAUAAUCUUGCGACCUGGUUUUAUAUAUGGUACUCGCAGUGUUGGGAGCAUGAAGAUCCCACUGGGAGUAUUUGGGUCGCCUAUGGAGAUGCUUCUUCAACAAGCAAAACCGCUGAACCAGCUUCCGUUAGUCGGGCCUUUGUUCACACCUCCGGUGAAUGUUGGAUCAGUUGCAAAAGUAGCGGUUAGAGCAGCCACGGAUCCUGUGUUCCCUCCGGGGAUUGUGGAUGUUCAUGGAAUACAACGUUACAGCCAACAGAAAUCGAGAUAA